AUGAAGUCCGUCGCUGCUUUCGCCAUGCUGGCUGGCCUCGUCGCCGCAUACCCUGGAGAAGUCCUGCGCAAGCGCGCCCUGACGGAACGUGACAGCGGCUGCCCUCGAGACCUCACUCCCGGUCAAUUCGAGUUCCCUCACUACAUCACGCAGAUCUCCAAGAGCGAGCCGGACAAGGCGUUCGGCCCUCAGUACAACGGCGUCUUCACUCCCAACGACAUCGCGUCCAUCUUCAGCUUCGACGUUCCCGCGAGCCGCGCCGACGCCAACUGCACCCUCGAGUUCAUCUUCCCGUUGAAGUCGCAACUGAAGACGUCCAACUUCGACUACGAGGGCGGUGGCUCGUUCUUCUUCACCGGCUACAACCCAGGUAGCUGCCCGGGUCCAGAGACCACAUGGAACAACCAGCCCGCUCCAGGACCGUUCCCACCUUUCCCACCCGUUCACAUGGAACCAGGCAAUGCUUACACCAUUGAUGUCGGUCCUUGCUUCGUGGGUGCCGGUACAUGCGUGGCUGGCUUGACCACCACCAACGACACCAACUUCUGGUUCUUCCAGGACCAGGAUGAGUGCCCCAUUGGCAUCUACACCGCUUACGAGUACGGUCUCCCAGCCGGUACACCUCCUCCCUCGUAG